AUGGAAACCGUGCACGAGCUGAUCCCCUUCGCCCGGGAGAUGCUCAGCCAGAAGCCCAGCAGGAAGAUGGUCAAGCUGUACGUGCUGGGCAGCCUGCUGGCGUUCUUCGGCGUGGUCAUCGGUCUGGUGGAGACGGUGUGCAGUCCCUUCACCUCUGAAGGAAGGCUAGAGGAGGAGGAGGAGAAGAAACCUGCCUCAACGCAAGAGCAGAUGCUUGCCCAGAAGCAGGAGGAUUUGGUCCUGGAGAAGGGCAAGGAGCAGGGCAGCCUGGUGACCCGGCAGCACGCGUCCUAA